GCAAAAAGCGUACGGUGCCCUGUCGCGUUUCUUUACCUUUUCCUAUUUGAGUAGCCAUUUUCUCCAUUAAAUCAAAAGUUCCUCUGCUCUACGAAGAAAUAUCGAAGAAUGGGGGACCAGAUUGCUCGAGCCGAAGAAUUUGAGAAGAAAGCCGAGAAGAAGCUCGGCGGAUGGGGACUCUUCGGCUCCAAACAUGAAGACGCUGCCGAUUUAUUUGAUAAGGCUGCCAACGCCUACAAACUCGCGAAAUCCUGGGAUCAAGCUGGAGCUGUGUAUGUCAAAUUGGCAAGCUGUCAUCUGAAGUUGGAUAGCAAACAUGAAGCUGCAAAUGCUUAUGCUGAUGCUGCUCAUUGCUAUAAGAAGACAAACAUUAAAGAGUCUAUAUCUUGCUUGGAGCAGUCCGUGAAUUUGUUCUUGGAAAUUGGAAGGCUCAAUAUGUCCGCAAGAUACUACAAGGAAAUUGCUGAACUACAUGAGCAAGAACAGAAUUUGGAGCAGGCUAUUGUCUACUAUGAGAGAGCAGCUGAUCUUUUCCAAAGUGAAGAUGUCAACACCACUGCAAAUCAGUGCAGGCAGAAAAUUGCCCAAUUUGCUUCUCAAUUGGAACAAUAUCCAAAGGCAAUUGAGAUUUAUGAAGACAUAGCCCGACAAUCACUUAACAAUAACUUGUUGAAGUACGGAGUCAAGGGGCAUCUUCUUAAUGCUGGCAUAUGCCAGCUGUGUAAAGGUGAUGUUGUGGCAAUCAAUAAUGCACUGGAGCGGUAUCAGGAACUUGAUCCAACGUUCUCGGGAACACGGGAGUACAGACUUUUAGCGGAUUUGGCUGCUGCAAUUGAUGAUGAAGAUGUGGCAAAGUUUACUGAUGCUGUGAAGGAAUAUGAUAGCAUGACUCAGCUGGAUGCAUGGAAAACUACUCUUCUCUUGAGAGUGAAGGAAGCAUUGAAGGCCAAAGAGCUGGAGGAAGAUGAUCUUACUUGAUUAUUUUUUUUAACUGACACCUUUGACCCAUUAUGUUUUGAUUGGUUUGUACGGUGUGGUCGUGUGUGUCUCCUGUAUGCUCGUGUUCUGCUCUUAUAAUCUUGGGUUCCUUUACUGCGUGUACAAUUGAUUUAGUAUGUUUCUUAUAUUGAAUAUAGUGUCACAUUUCCUACAUUGUCAUCUUAAAAUGUACUACGCUAAUGUAUUUCUAUCUUAAAAUGGCCUAAUAAAGUGCCGACGCUGUGUGCUCUUUGUAUGUU